AUGUCGUCUCAGGCUCACAGAAACCAAUGGGACCUCGACGAGCCUGAUUUGGAGCGACAAGGGGGGAAGUCUCAAGUUAUCUCGAUCGGCAGCAGAUUGAUUGUCUGGUUUCGACUCCUAGCAAAGCGAGCCAGGAACGAUGCACCACCCGAAGACAUGGAUAUAACUUCGCCGGACAGCGCCACACGACCGUCGGCUCUGAGCAUUCGUCUCAAAAAUCGAAGAACAAAACAGUGCUGCUUUUUAUGCAUGAGGAACAGAGACGGCGCUUUUGCCAUUGCUGUACCCUGCGUCAAACCGAUUCAAUACGGCCGAUCCUUUGCCACUCGUGUAAUCUUCGAAGAUGAUGCACAAGAACCAAAUGUUGGUGAUGCAGGAUUGGAAGAGGCCCACACGGAGAGCGACACUGCAGACGAGACAGACGAGAGUGACGCUGCAGUUUUCGAGAGGCUACGAAAAGAAUGUCUGAAGCAACAGGGUUCUUGGAAGAAGUGGCUUCCAUACUACGGAAUUACCAAGGUUGAAGAAGUAAAAUUUGAAGUUACUGGAGUGGUCCAGAAGGACAAGGUAUUCUCAGUCAUUGUGGACCCUUCGGACUUGAAAAAGAUCGAGGACCAGCUAGAUGGCAUUAUCUCCAUGGCCGCAAGCGUCGUUAAUCAUGAAGAUACCUUCGGCGACAUCUGUUGCAGGCACGACCACUAUAACCACCACAGUAGUUACUGUACCGAUAUAAUGGAUGCUUCUGAGGACUGGAAGUGCGUCAAAGACCGCAUUUGCGAUGCCAGGCUUCGCAAGAAGAACCUUCGAAUGUUCGAUAUCCUAACAAAGUGUGGACGGGACCCUCAGAAGGCGAAUGGACUGCGACUCCUUGAAGGAAUGGCCGGGCCGAAAUGGAUAUACGAAGUCAAGUAA